GGAAACCAAAACACAGAUCGUUUCAUUCUCCGAGUCGGACGCUCAGAGCUCUGUGUUUCAUCCCAAUUUCCCAAAAAAGCAACUCUAAAUCAUCACUUUUCGUACUCCCAAGUCCAAAUUUCUAUUUCGAAUCUUCAGAUCUGGUAGAUUUUUGGUCAAAUCCCAGUUCCGCGACCAAUUUUAUGGCGGAAACUCUAAGCCCUAAUGCAACGGCACUGAAGCAGCGAACCCUAAUGGCCUCUCGCCUCCAAUCUCCGACCAGCCCCUUCUUCUUGGGCUCCAACGAUGACAAUCUCGAGCGAGCCCAGGCACGCGCCGCCCGAGCUGCCGCCGUCCGCAGGAAGAAUGCUACCGCCACCAGCGCCGCUUCUCCGCCGGCUUCCGAUCCCUGCCUCGACAAGCAACAGAUUCUCGAGUUGUUUCAAAACUGCAUCAAACUCGCUAGCGAAAAUAAAAUUAAUCAGAAGAAUACGUGGGAUCUGAGUCUGAUAGAUCACCUGUGCGACAUUAUUAAGGUGGAAGAGGAGGAUGAUGCAGAGACCAACUUUCAGAAGGCAAGUUGCACAUUGGAAGCUGGAGUCAAAAUUUAUUCAAUGAGAGUAGAUUCAGUGCAUUCGGAGGCAUACAAGGUUCUUGGAGGAAUUAAUCGGGUGGGACAAGAAAAUGAACAAGAUGAUGUGGUGGAGGAUCCCAGCACUAGUAUAGGACAAGAGGAAGGCAAUUCCAAAAAGGAGCAAGAGAGAAAGGUGUCACCUUUAUCCACAUUGGAAUCAUCAUUUGAGGCUCUCAACGUUAAGAAAUUUGAUGUUGCAUUUGCAGUGGAUCCUCUCUAUCAUCAAACAUCUGCGCAGUUUGAUGAAGGAGGGGCUAGGGGCCUCUUACUGAACAAUCUUGGAGUAUAUGGUGGCUGUCAGGUGCUUUUUGAUUCAUUUGAGGUUCCAAGGAAGUGUAUGUCUUCUGAAAGUCAACACCAAAAAUUAGACACAAUUGAUCUAUCUUUUGCUAAAGAAUACAUUGAACAGAUGGUGCUUAACAUGCACAAAAAGAUUGAAAUUUCUCCAACUCUCAGGCAUAUUGUCGAUCAAUUUGAUCAAAGCAGUCGAAGGCCACCAGAUACAUUUUAUUCUGGCCAGCAAUCAGCUGAGCAAGUUUAUGAAGAUGAUAAUGGCAGUAACAUUGAGUUGGAUGGUGAUACGUUUAACAACUCUGGGACCUGGGCUUUCGAUCAUGAUGACCAAACAAGUGUGGUUGGUGACGACUCCUAUACUGCAGAUCCAAUUUUACCAAGUUAUCAUGAGGAAAAUGAACCAUCUGUUUUAAAUGAGCCUGAUGUGGAUAACAGGUUUGAUAAGGUUGAUGGGUACUUGUUUUUAAGUUUGGGGUUGACUUCAAAUCAAAAUGCUUGGGCAGGUCCUGAUCACUGGAAGUAUCGAAAAACAAAAGAUUCAGAGGGUCCUCCCAGAGAAAAUGGAUCACCCAUGACAACUAAGAAACCUAGAAACAAAAAACAAGCAGAACUUGAUAUUGAUUUUACAAAAGCCUUAGACAAUCAAAUACUGGAUGUCUUUGCUCCUCCCAAGAAUCCCAGUUCACUACUUGUGCCAGCAAAUAGACCACCUUGUAACACGACACUUCCAGAAGAUUGCCAUUAUCAGCCAGAGGAGCUUGUCAAAUUAUUUCUUGUGCCUAAUCUCAUGUGCCUUGGGAAGAGAGCAAGAAAGUCAUCAGAGGAAUGGAGUCAACAAAGAGAUGAUUAUGGACCAUUGCCAUCAUGGGAUGAUGAAAAUGGAUUUGACGGUCAAUAUGAUGAUGGAGGUGUUCAUAGUGAUUUGGAGGACUCAAACACACUCGUCUCUCAGCCUCGUCAGGUAAAUAAGAUUGAAGUACAAUAUGACAAAACUUCUAAACAAGUUGAUGUCCAGGCACUGAAAGGUACUCUUUGGGACUGUUUACAAGAAUCUAAACAAGCAACUAUUCAGGAGGAGAAAGAAAUGGUAUCUUUCAAGAAUGUAUUGGCUAGCUUUCCAAAAGACUGCAGGGCGGCUGCAACACUCAAUGAUAUCUCGCCCCAUUUGUGUUUUAUUUGCCUUCUGCAUUUAGCCAACGAGCAUGGACUGAGAAUCCAUGGCUGUGCCAACUUGGACGAUCUCAGCAUACAUUUUCCACCUAACAGAGGAACAUUUCCAAGUGAAACAGUUUAAUGCAGCGUUUUUUUGUUGAUUUUUUUGGUAUGGUUUUGCUGUGUACCUGUAUCAUUCAUAGUUCAAGAUGAAUGUAUUGUAGACCUGUGCCAUCAUUCUCGUGCUAGUUCAGGAGAACCUGGAACCUGGCACUGUCAAAAGCUUCAUGUUGUGUUCUGUUAACACUGAUGUUGAAAUCUUGUACAGAUCUCGCUGACAAACAUUUUUGUCUUGGACAGCGUAAAAAUUGGAAUGAGUUGCUCACCAUUCUCAUGUUCUUGUUCUUAGGCA